AGGUUUGCUGGGAUGGGAAACCUGCUCAAAGUCCUUACCAGGGAAAUUGAAAACUAUCCACAUUUUUUCCUGGAUUUUGAAAACGCCCAGCCCACAGAAGGAGAGAGGGAAAUAUGGAACCAGAUCAGUGCCGUCCUCCAGGAUUCUGAGAGCAUCCUUGCAGACCUGCAGGCUUACAAGGGCGCGGGGCCAGAGAUCCGAGAUGCGAUUCAGAAUCCCAACGACAUUCAGCUUCAAGAAAAAGCUUGGAAUGCAGUAUGUCCUCUGGUUGUGAGGCUAAAGAGAUUUUAUGAAUUUUCCAUAAGGCUAGAGAAAGCUCUUCAGAGUUUAUUAGAGUCUCUGACCUGUCCACCCUACACGCCAACCCAGCACCUGGAACGGGAGCAGGCCCUGGCAAAGGAGUUCGCGGAAAUUCUCCAUUUUACCCUGCGAUUUGAUGAGCUGAAGAUGAGGAACCCAGCUAUUCAGAACGACUUCAGCUACUACAGAAGGACGAUAAGUCGCAACCGCAUCAACAACAUGCAUCUAGACAUUGAGAAUGAAGUCAAUAAUGAGAUGGCCAAUCGAAUGUCCCUCUUCUAUGCAGAAGCCACGCCAAUGCUGAAAACCCUUAGCAAUGCCACCAUGCACUUUGUCUCCGAAAACAAAACCCUGCCAAUAGAGAACACGACAGACUGCCUCAGUACGAUGACGAGUGUUUGUAAAGUCAUGCUGGAAACACCGGAGUACAGGAGUAGGUUCACAAGUGAAGAAACGCUGAUGUUCUGCAUGAGGGUGAUGGUGGGGGUCAUCAUUCUCUAUGACCACGUUCACCCCGUGGGAGCGUUCUGCAAGACAUCCAAGAUUGAUAUGAAAGGCUGCAUAAAGGUUUUGAAGGAACAGGCCCCGGACAGUGUGGAGGGGCUACUGAAUGCCCUCAGGUUCACUACCAAGCACUUGAAUGAUGAAUCAACUUCCAAACAGAUUCGAGCAAUGCUUCAGUAGAGCUCUGCUCAAAGAAGAGGAUCUAUGUACUGACCUCAGAAGAUGUAUAUGUUUACAUAAUUUAAUACAGAUUGAUGUUAAUACUUGUGUAUUUACAUAACCGUUUCCUUCUUGUCACUGAAAUAUAUGGACUUUAAUUUGUAUCUUGACUGACUCGACCCAGCAGAGCAUAAAUUGACUUGAGAGCCUAACCUUUGAUGUCUAAAACAAAACCCUCUUCUCCAAAGCCAAAAUUUGGAGAUGUUGGUCUUUACUACUGGAGUCCUUUAACUACACCUGUAACAAUCCAAAAUUCCCAAUAGUUUGUGGUAGUGUUUUAAUUCUAGAUGUGUAAUCUCUCUGGGAAGUUUACUUAUAGAAACACGAAGUAUUUGAUUUCCUGUGUCGGCUUGGCUACAAGAAACACAACCGUUAUCCUGACAGAGGGAGAGAGGAAUCCAAGAAAAGAAAAAUGCAUGUGAAGACACAAACUCAAGUGUUUGGAAUUCAGCACGCCCCCCACCUCUCUUCCCUCAGACUGCAAACCACAUGUGCAGCUUUUUUGUUUGCACGUUAUUUUAUUUAGCGACAUAUUCCCCUUUUCUCUGGAUUUAUAUUCCUCUAACGUUCCCUUUUGAUUCUGCAAGAGGAAAAUCACCUGCGCUUGAAUCCAUUUGUAAGAAAGAAGUGAGAAUAGAUAGAUGUGCUGUCAUAGCUGAGCUGUGAAGGUGGUUGUCUUGGAAGUGGGGGACAGGCUGGGAGGAAGGACACACAGGCAACAGAACAGUCCUCUCUCCACUUCAACCCUCUGCCUUUGGGUAAUUUUACUGACAUUCCAGGUAUCUGUGGGGUACUGGGUGCCCAGCUGCCCUCCCGAAAUGGGCCCUGCCCUUUGUGGGCUGAUCAUGUG